AGCGCUUCUGCUUGAGAAGACGAUCCAACGACGCAACGCGCUGAACUCAGAGGCGCUCCACGGAAUCACUGCACCACGCUGAACUCAAAGGCGCUCAGAGAACGCACCGCGCUGAACUCAAAGGCGCUCAGAGAACGCACCGCGCUGAACUCAGAGGCGCUCAGAGGAAGCACCGCGUUGAACUCAGAGGCGCUCAGAGAACGCACCGCGCUGAACUCAAAGGCGCAUACACCCAGCGCUCUACAAUAAACAACAUUCACAUAACGCUCACUAAGAACCCCUCAAAAUGCCGAUUUCAAACAGUUCUACGUCCUCGACGAAGACCAUUCGCCGGGCCGCGUCGGAGAUGGAGCGGUCCGACUCUGUGACGUCCCCGCGGUUCAUCGGCCGGCGGCAGAGCCUGAUCGAGGACGCGCGCAAAGGGCGUGAGGCGGCAGCCGCUGCGGCAGAGGCGAAGGACGUGAGCGAGCUGAUCGUGUUCGAGGAGGAGAACGGCAAGGCGCUGCUGAACGUGUUCUUCACACUGAGGUCCUCCAAGAUCCCCGCCCUGUCGCGCUCCCUCAAGGUGUUCGAGACGUUUGAGGCUAAGAUCCACCACCUGGAGACCCGGCAGAGCGGGAAGGCGAACCGCGACCAGCAAGAGGCGCUGGAGUACUUUGUCCGCUGCGAACUGCACCUCUCCGACGUGGGAACGCUCAUCAGCUCCAUCAAGAGGAUCGCUGAAGACGUCAGAACCACCAAAGAAGUAAAAGUUCACUGGUUUCCAAAGCAAAUAGCAGAGUUGGACAAAUGUCAUCACCUGGUGAACAAAUUUGAUCCCGACUUGGAUCAAGACCAUCCUGGCUUCUCUGACCCUGUGUACAGACAGAGGAGGAAGAUGAUUGGGGAAAUCGCCUUCAGAUACAGGCACGGCAGCGUGAUACCCAGGGUCGACUACACAGAGGAGGAGAUCGGGACCUGGCGGGAGGUGUACGUGACCCUGAGGGAGCUGUACAACAGCCACGCCUGCAGUGAGCACCUAGAGGCCUUCCAGCUGCUGGAGAAACACUGCGGCUACAGCCCAGACAACAUCCCCCAGCUGGAAGACGUGUCACGCUUCCUCAGAGAGCGUACGGGGUUCCUGGUUCGACCAGUGGCUGGUUUGUUGUCGGCCAGAGACUUCCUGACCAGUCUGGCGUUCCGAGUGUUCCAGUGCACCCAGUACAUCCGCCACUCCUCCUCUCCCAUGCACUCCCCUGAACCGGACUGCAUACAUGAGCUUCUGGGUCACAUCCCCAUGCUGGCUGGCAGGACUUUUGCCCAGUUCUCCCAGAACAUCGGUCUGGCCUCACUGGGGGCGUCGGAUGAGGACAUAGAGAAGCUGUCCACACUGUACUGGUUCACCGUGGAAUUCGGCCUGUGUAAACAGAAUGGAGAGAUUAAAGCGUACGGCGCCGGACUCCUGUCUUCCUACGGAGAGCUAGUGCACUCCCUGUCGGAGGACCCCGAGAGGAGGGUGUUCGAGCCGGACGCCGCCUCGGUGGAGCCCUACCAGGACCAGAACUACCAGUCCGUCUACUUUGUCUCUGAAAGCUUUCUAGACGCCAAAGAGAAGCUCAGGGCGUACGUGGCGGGCAUCAAGCGGCCCUUCUCUGUGCGCUAUGACCCCUACACCAGCAGCGUGGAGGUGCUCGACAACCCGCUGAAGAUCCGGGGAGGUCUGGACUCCGUGAAGGACGACCUGAAGAUCCUGACAGACGCCCUGAGUGUGUUGCCCUGAUGUCCGCGCACACAAACACGUCAGACACACCAACCUACCCUACACAAAUGCAUGAGCCAUACAGCACACACAUACGCAUGCACACACACACGCACACACACACACACACACACACACACACACACACACACACACACACACACACACACACACACACACAGCCGCGGCCCCCCUGUCCCCCGCCUCCACCUGGUGGACACAUGUGCCCCGUGUUCAUCUGGUUCUCUGUGCUCCUCCCCGUUCUCAGUCCGUCCACUAGAGCCAUGAGAAUGAAAGUGUUGUAAAGCUGAGUGGGCCCCUGUGGGCCCCGUGUCACCACGUGCAUUCAUGCCUCCAUGGGUUUGAGGAGACGAAGGGUUUUCUCAUCAGAUUUCCUUCAGAGUGUAUUCCAUUUUGUUGUUACGGUUUCUGUUAGACCCUGAGCUAAUCAAUGGCAAAAUGUGAUCAUGAAUGUAUUAAAAUAACAGAGUAUGUGGCGCUUUCAUUAAUCAGAGUAUAUUAUUAAACUUAAACAAAAUAUACCUUUUAAUUAUGAUGAGUUCAUUUAAAAGAAAAACGGCUGUAGUUAAAAUGCUUUUGUUGAGUUGGGAAUUUAACUGCUUGCAAUGUUUGUUCAAUUUCAAAAGUUGAAAUCUGUGUUGUCCAAUGUCAAUGUGUAAUAAAAAAUGAAGGGAAAUAA